GACAACACACAUCCAGGAAGGAAGUAUUACCAAUUCAGGACAUUUACACGAGUUGAAGUUCCUCAUAAAAGCAUCAAGUGUGUUAUCCUGAAUCGUCUCCUUUGUUUGAAGUGUUUACUGGAACACUUUACGCACAUCUAUUAAUUUAAGAUGGGAUACAUGGUAGUAGAGGACCAAAGCGCCACAAUGCUGCACCUAAAGAGAACCCCUGGCAUCCGUUCCUGGUCUCUUUGUGUUGGAAUGGCAUCAAUUGGGUUGGCGGCUGCAUACUACAGCUCUGAUAGCAUCUUGUGGAAGCUUUUCUAUGUGACUGGCUGUCUGUUUGUGGCCAUGCAGAACAUGGAAGAAUGGGAAGAGGCCGUGUUUGACAAAGCUAAGAAUGUGAUCGAACUAAAAACCAUAAGUUUGUACACUUUAGUGCUGACGUUGAGGAAAAAGGGACAAGAGAAAGUUGUGUUGGACUUGAGACAUCUGCAUGACGUCUGCAUCCAAGAAGAAAGGGUCCGUUAUUUGGGGAAAGGCUACCUUUUGAUGUUACGUCUGGCUACAGGUUUUUCCUACCCCUUGACUCAGAGUGCCACACUUGGAGGGCGCAGCGAUGUGGAGGCACUCGCUGCACUGCUGAAGCGCUUCUUGGGGCUGGAGGAGCGGCGACAGCAGGAUGACAAGGCAGAGUACGCAGAGGCGGACGCGGACUCUUUGGGUAACAGUAGUGAUUCAGACGAAGAAAAAGAAAAACCUUGACCUUAACACGGGGUAUAAAGUGAAAAAACUUUAAUUUGGAAAGGACGGAUUUUGGGACGUUACCACUGUGCACACGUAACAUUGGGUGAAGUUAUUAUGAUGCCUUUAUUGCAUGGUAUGAUUACCUUCAUACUUUAAAUACAUUCUUGUGGGUUUUUUUUUUUUUUUUACAAUUUGCCUUAUUUAGGAAAUUAUUUGUUUGUAGGUAUGUUGGACUUUUCUGUCUAAUUUACUAAACACUGCAGAUUGCAGAUGAACUGUUUCUUCCUACUGAACUCUAACCAGUAUUUAUUGUGUACUUUAACAGAAAGAGCUAUUCUAACAAUUUACUAAACCUCCCAGUUGGUUUUGGUUUACACACACCCAGCUGUCAAUAAGGAUAAAUGCAUGCACAAACUGUAGUUAAGAGUACAUUACUAUAUGUGUGAAUUUCCUCUGCCUGUUACUUCUCUGCUUGUUAACCAAAUACAUAUACCAGGGCUAUUCAAGUAAAUUGUUUUGGGGGCCACAUUUUUAGAAAGCUAAGGACCGGGGCCCGGUCUUUUGCCUUCACUAUUAAUCUUAUUUUGUUAAUUUCUGAGAACCAGCGUCCUUUAGAGGGGACAUUUGAUUUUGGUCUAUUUUUUCAGGGUUACAAAAUUAUUGUUGUAAAUAUAGCCUUUCCUGUAGAACAGUAGUGUUCUCCUGUUUUUAAGGACCUACUGCAAAAUACCCUUUUGACCUCAGGCCCCAACUUUUUCAGUACAAAUCGACUAAGGGCCCACUUACUGUUAAUAUUAACAAAAAAUUAGUAAUUUAACUCUUGGAUUUAAUAAUAUUCAUUAAUCAUAUGCAACGUUCUUACAGUUUAACAGGUCUAAACCUUGUUAAAUGAUAUAAAACCAAAGUGUUAAUCACAAAGAUCUUUUUUUUUAAUCCAUAAACCACCACAUACAACAAUAUGCUGAACAAGGGAUCAGGUUGAUAAAUACUAAUCGAAUAUACUGCAAAAGAAGGAACUCUUAACAUUUUUUAUGAAAAACCAUUUGCAUAUGCAGCGCUGAAAUAAAUAAAUAAAUUCAAACUGAAUCAAUAAAUAACAGUUAUGUAUCGGUCAAGAGACUGAUGCAUUAUGCGUGAAGUGGUGAAAAAGUGUAUAAAAACGCUGCGGCCCAAACAGACUACAGAUGAGAAACAAGUCAUACAUACAUACUGUAACUGUACAUAUAGGUAUAUGUGUAUUUUUUCUCUGUUUUUUUUAAUUUACACACAUCGGCCCCCAGAUGCAUUUUUUUCUAUCAAUGUGGACCCUGAGUCAAAAUAAUAUACCAGGUCUUUCUUAUACCAUGAUUAUUUCAUAUACUUAUACAAGGAAUACAGUCAUUUAUUAAAGUGAACAUAACACGGGUCUCAUUUGCUCUUUUUCCACCAAAUGUCUUUUCAUGUUUUUCUCGCUCGUUUCGGGUCCUAAAUUGCUGUGAAAGUGUACCAAGUUGUCGGAAUACCUACUCAGACCUCUUCUGGUCAGGUGAGAUGCAUGAUUUAUGUUCAACAAUAAACUUAAAGGAAGCAGGGAAGCGAGGAAACAGCAGGCCACUCGAUGAUGUAAACAUUGGGAUACACGGAAGUGAUCACGUCGCCACUAUAAAUAAUUUGUCUGUGUUAGCGCUUAUAAUAACAAUGUCUCUAAUACUUGGUUAAUAUUCAAGUCACGAAAUGUAAACAGAGAACUGUUGCCGUUUUUUUUAAUGGUUAUUUAUUGGAUUUUAUGGGCAAAAUAGUGGAGCUCCCAUUGGCUCUGCUUUUAUUUACGUUUAUUUAAUAGUUAGAAUGCAUUAAAAGAAAAUCCAUCCGUCGUCAUGUCUUUCAUAAUGAUUGUGAACGAUAGGCAAAAUUCCCAAAAAGUGUAGUUCCCCUGGAAUUACAAACAAUUUAAUUCCACUUCCGGUCAUUUCAAUUCAAUAUCCUGUGAAGUGGAGCCAAGUAAAUUUUGUAAAUUUGUCCAAUGAAUUAGAAUUGUGAAUUUGGAAUU